CUGAUCACGGUGAUGCGAUGCCUCGGGUCAAACCCGACCCCGUCCGAGGUCCAGAGACACCUGCUGAGUCACACCACAGCGUCCUCAUUUCUCCUGCACGGAUCAACAGAGUCUCUCCCUGACGUUAUAGAUGACCCGCCCAGUAAAAGUAGAUACAUGUGUUCCUGCAGAUGUGGGCGGAGAGCUGGACUUCUCCACCUUCCUGAAUGUCAUGUACCGGCAGCUCCAGCAGGAGGCGCCGGAGGAGGAGAUCCUGGAGGCCAUGAGGAUGGCCGACAAGGAGCAGAAAGGCUUCAUCCUCGCCUCCGAGCUGAGAGCCAAACUCACGGGGCUUGGAGAGAAGCUGACGGAGUGGGAGGUGGACGAGCUGCUGAAGGAGGCGGGCGUUGGUGCUGGUGGGCGGGUCCACUGUGAGCAGUUCGCUAAAGCGGUGACUCGCUCCUCUGCAAAGCGUUGACGUCUGAAACGUCAUCAUCAUCAUUAUCAUCAUCAAAGUCAAACUAAAACUACAACUCCCAUGAAUCAAUCUGAGAGCCUUUCGUCUUGUAAAAGUCAAACGUGUUGUUUGAAAUAAAUCUCUGACUUGUUUCUUUCUGUAUUCUUAGCUGUUAGCUUUAGCAUCAGUCGUAUAGCGCGAUCCUUCAAACUACUGGAUUUAUUCAAGUUUAUCACCAAAACUACAUUUUACAG